GCUGGGGCGGCGGCGUCACGUGCGGCGGGCGGCCAAUGGCGGAGCGCUGCGUGUCGCACUCGCUCUUGGCCCGGCGGCCCCAGCUCCCGCGGUGAGACGGAGGGUGCGGCGCGCGCGCGGCGGCAGGAUCUUUAGAAAUGGCUACCACACAGUCUGUCUUCACAUUCGCACUCUGCAUUUUAAUGAUAACUGAAUUAAUAUUGGCUACAGAAAACUAUUAUGAUAUCUUGGGAGUUCCAAAAAAUGCAUCUGAUCGCCAGAUCAAGAAGGCAUUUCAUAAACUGGCCAUGAAGUACCAUCCAGACAAAAAUAAGAGUCCUGGUGCAGAAGCAAAAUUCAGGGAAAUUGCAGAAGCCUAUGAAACUUUAUCAGAUGAGAACAAGCGAAAAGAAUAUGACCAACUUGGCCAUGGAGGACAAGGAAAUAAUGGCAGCCCCUUCCAACAAUCGUUUAAUUUCAACUUUGAUGACUUGUUCAAAGAUUUUGACAUAUUUGGUCAAAGUCAGAACUCCCGGUCGAAGAAGCACUUUGAAAAUCACUUCCGGGGUCAUCGGGAGGCUCACAGUAGGCAAAGACGUUCAUUCCACGAAUUUUCCUUUGGAGGUGGACUGUUUGAUGAUGUGUUUGAAGAUAUGGAAAAAAUGUUUUCCUUCAGUGGCUUUGACAAUGCACACCGACACACUGUACGAACUGAUAGCAGAUUCCAUGGAUCUAGCAAGCAUUGUAGGACUGUCACUCAGCGUCGAGGAAACAUGGUUACUACAUAUACAGACUGUUCUGGACAGUAACCCUUAUUUUUCCCCCCCCCCUUCUUCCUUUUACUAUCUCUCCUUCCAUUUCAUCACCUUGAUGACUUUUCUGGUUUUGUGCUGAUAUGGAACAUUUUUUUUAUGAGCUGUCUAAAACCGAUUAAGCUAUUUAAAGUACUUAACGUAGCUUUAAAGAAGCUGUAGGUAAACUAAUUCUUGUAACCAAGAAAGAAUAAAUCCCACCUGAAAACACAAUAUAAGUGUUUACUACACUUAAAUAAUAUUGAUAAUUUUUAACAUAUGAGGAGUUUGUGAAUGAUUGUUUUUUGGCUAUCCAGUCUUGUAGGCCCACUUUUUUUUAGUUUAUUGGUGCAUGAACAGCUACAGAUGAGGUUAAACUACUUUAUUCUAAAGUGUUAAACUUAAAAUGCCAUUUUUAAUUGUACCCUUCACUUUAACUUUCAGUAUUUAGCUGCUGUGGGUUUAAAUUGUGUGAUACUACAUGUAUAAUUCACACACAAUAUAGCAGUGGAAACUAACUCAUCUGCAUUUAAUUUGCAUAAUCUAGGAGCACUGCAGAGUUCUCAGCUAUAUGAUUUUCAUUCAUUUUUAUUUUUAAAUGGGAUUAUGAAGAAAAGGGAGUAUCUUGAGAUUCUCCAACUUUGCGCUUCAGUUAAGCGAAGCACUGUCUGGAACGUACAAGUUCAUUUGUAGUUCUGAAUGUCUUCUGUGUGGCCUUUAAUCCUCUAAAUACUUGUUUGAGCACAGUUUCACAUAUGUGUAUGUGAGUAAUCCCACUGCUUUCUCUGGAACUAUUCAUGUACAUAAAGUUGUGAAGGUGCAGACUUUUUGUUUGGUUGUUUUUUCAGGAUUCAGGCCAAUUUCUAAAUAGAUUUGAAAAAAAUGUAUUGCAGUACACAUCUGUUUGUUGUAUCUCCAUGUGUAAGAGAGGUUAAUGAAAAUACAUUUAGUCUUCAUUUUAAACUCUUAAUACUCCUCUUAAUGCUUUAGUAGAGUGGUGCUCAACCUCUGGCCUACAGGCUGCAUCCAACUCAUGGGGCCAUGUCAUCUGGCCCAUGGGACCCCCUAUGGGUCCAAAAACUUGGCAGCAGGGGGAAAGUUGCAGCAUUAAUUAUUGUGGUUUCCAAAGCCACUGCAGUUAACACUGCUGUUCCUGCUCCCUUCUGUCAAAUUUCUGGACACCUGUGGAAACCCACAGGUCAGGUGAUACAGCCCUCUGCCAGACUGUGCAGUGUUGCAUCAUGACUGGAUCCAGUACAGUGUUGCACACUCAGAUGGACCACAGGUGCCAGCUCCACACUGGAUCUGGUCUACAGACUGAGUCUGUCCAUAGGAUUCAGCCUAUAGACCAACCUCAUGCUACUUGUCUGGCCUGUGGGACCAGAAGGUUGAGUGCCACUGCUCUAGUAAAUGUAAAUUAAAGGAAAAGUUAGGUCUGUAUAACAGAUAUGACUAGAAAAUUCCAAGCAUUGUGUGCAAAAUUGUAAAUCUGCAAGCAUUGCAUUCAGAAUGACUUCAGGUUUAUUACUCUGAGCCAGAUGACAAGAAUUUUCAGUUGAUAGGUAAACUUUUCUCCAAGUGAAUAGAUGACAAAAAAUUAAAUUUACAUUUCUGGCAUUUGCUUUACAUGGCAUUUGAGUUUGCUAUGGAGGUGACAUCAUGCUAAAGUUGUCAACUUGUCAGUAUGUUAAAAAACCCAUAGACUGAUGUAGCUUGCAAAGGAAAACAUUGGUAUUCUGAUGUCAUACCCAACGGAUCUAAAUGUGAACCCACAAAGUUUUCUUUUGAGUUUCUUGAGACUGUUAAUGUAGGCCUUUUGAAGCUCGUAUGGGCUACAUCAUCCCCAUCCAGUAUAUCAGAGUAAGAUGGCCAUCACCUAAAAAUCACCAUUCUGAUUUAACUGACUUUCAAAAAUGUACUAUUUUCCAUUUUGUUGAGAACUUGCCUUUCAAAUUGAUAACAUUAGCAUUCACUUGUUUCACUCACUUGUGUAGUAUUCUAAAUAGAUUAGGUCUGUUUAAAGUCCUGAACUGAACUUGUUGCUAUAGGGAAGAGACUUAACCCUUCAGUUAUUCUUUUGAUAUUGCUUGGUCACAGUUUCACCACAACAUACUAUCCUUUAUUCAAUUUUUACUUAUCUAAAUACUGAAAAUGGAUUUUAUGUUAUGUUAAGUGCUUUUCCUAUCAAUCUUUGCCUCUUUAUUUAUAAAUUGACUAAUACCUCAUUCUGUCUUUAUGAAAAGUCAGUAAUUUGUGCAACCUUAUCAGAAUGUGCAAUAUUAUUAAGAUAGGAAGAAUGUGCUGCUGGUUUUUUGUGCAAGUAGAUUUUAAUGUGCAGUAUACUUACCUGUAUGUUUCAUGCAGAUUUCAGAACGUUUUCAUAAUAUGCUCCACACAAAUAUCAGUCAUAUGGAUGGAUGCUGUUCACUUAAGUACCUGUUUGGUAUUAUGAUAAACUUAAGUAAACAAUUAUGUACCACUUGAGUGAACUUUAAGUUGUCCCACAGCAUCAAGCUCAAAAGUCUUAACAUCUUCUGUGAGAUGCCUGUUUAUCAUUUGGAGGAGAAUACGUAUUAAUAAAUAUUAAUGAGGAAUGGCAUGCCCUUCCUUUUAUAUUUAGGUUGUAUGCCAGUGGGCUUUCUGUAAUGAAGACUGCAAGAACUCUUCAGGUGAGAGCUUGGGACAGCUUACUUGGUAAGAUCAAAUAGUUUAUAACAUUACUCUGUGUUUUUCUUAAAAAUAAAUAAAAUCCUUCUUGCAAAAUA